CUUGUGGCUGGCGUCCAACGCGACACACUCAUUCAAGCGAAUGCAGCUGCACCUGACAAAAAGAGAGGAAAUUGGGAUGAGAUUGAAUCUUACAAAGGCUUUGUCGUAACAUAUGACCUAGCGCUUGAAAGAUCUGAGCAAAUCAUCUUGCCUAGCAGCUUUUGAGACGGGUGGGUUUGAUCCCGAGACAUCUCCGCUUUGCAUUUGAGCAAAUCCAUCACUCAAAUUCCACCAAGAUUUCUGUAGCAUUCGCCGCUCUGUAGAUGGUUGCCAGAAGAAGUUAUGUGGCUGUAGCAAUAGGGUUUCAAUAGUUGCAUUGCUGCUCAUCAAAAGCAGCUACAGGUCGGCGAGCAGACAAUUGGUCAAGAAGCAAGAUGGUUGUCCUGGGAGCGUCUGUCAUCAGCAAAUCAGGCAAAGCGCUGGUUUUGCGCAACUAUGUGGAGAUGACGCGCAUUCGGAUCGAAGGCCUGCUGGCUGCCUUCCCCAAGCUAGUCGGGAGUGGGAAGCAGCACACGUAUGUGGAGACAGAGAACGUGCGCUAUGUGUACCAGCCAAUGGAGGCGCUUUACCUGCUGCUUGUCACCAACAAGCAGAGCAACAUCCUGGAGGAUCUGGAGACGCUGCGCCUCAUCUCCAAGAUUGUUCCGGAGUACUGCCCUGCCCUGGACGAAGAGAGCGUGUCCCACAAGGCGUUUGAGCUGAUCUUUGCAUUUGAUGAGAUCAUCUCAUAUCAGGGCCACCGGGAACCUGUGACGUUGGGCCAGGUGAAGCAGUUUACGGACAUGGACAGUCAUGAAGAGAAGCUGCACAACAUGAUCAUGCAGAGCAAGAUAGCAGAGACCAAGGACAUCAUGAAGAGGAAGGCCAACGAGAUUGACAAAACCAAGAUUGACAAGCAGAAGAUCGAGGCAGGCCCCAGGGGCUACGUCCCAGGGGGUCUCACUGGUAUCAGUGCGCAGUCUAACUUGGGCGGAGGCAUGGGGAUGGGAAGCGGCGGUUUUGGGGAGACCAACAAUGGGAGCGCGUUUGGAAGUAUCGCGAGCAACUACGGAGCCAGCGCCCCAGACGAGAAGGCGCGCGUGGCUGCGGCGCCCCCCAAGGGCAAGGGCAUGAAGCUGGGCGGAUCCUCCACCAAGAACCAGCUGCUCGAGUCCCUCAAGGCGGAGGGCGAGCUUAUCGUGGAAGAACCCGCCGCUUACGGGACCGCUGCCGCUGCCGGCGGGCCCAAGGCCGGGCCGCCGGUCCCGACCGACCCGAUCUCGAUCAUGAUAGAGGAGAAGCUGAGCGUGGUGUUGCGGAAGGACGGGGGGAUGGAGAACCUGGAGGUGCAGGGCACGAUGGCGCUGCUGGUGGGCAAGGACGAGGACGCCUACAUCAGGGUCGUGUUGGAGAGCGGCGAGAACCGCGGGUUCCAGUUCAAGACGCACCCCAACAUUGACAAGGCGCUGCACCAGAAGCAGAACGCGCUGGGCCUGAAGGACGCCAGCAAGCCGUUCCCGUCGGGCAACCAGCCGCUGGGCAUCCUCAAGUGGAGGAUGCAGAGCAAAAACGAGGAGAUGGUGCCCCUCUCAAUCAACUGCUGGCCGUCGGUGACGGGGAACGAGUCGCAGGUGAACAUAGAAUACGAGUCGCAGGCAGAGUUCGACCUCAAGAACGUGCUCAUCAGCAUCCCGCUGCCCGCCCUACGAGACGCCCCGCAGGUCAACCAGAUUGAUGGAGAGUGGAGGUACGACCCUCGGAGGUCUGUUUUGGAGUGGCAGAUUGUCCUUAUUGAUGACACAAACCGAAGCGGGUCAUUGGAGUUCGCAGUACCAGCCACAGACCCACAGUCAUUUUUCCCCAUUGAUGUCAAGUUUGCUGCUGACAAGACCUUCUGCGAUGUCAAGAUUAAGCAGGUUAUCAAGGCAUCAUCAGGAGAGGCUGUCAAGUUUGGGGGCAAGACACAACUGGUGGUCGACAGUUACCAAGUACUCUAAUCUGCGUGUCAGGAGUUGUGCUUGUGAACAGUAUCCAGCUUCGAUAUUGCAACCGUGGUAUCGAAAUUGCGGC